AUGGACCAUCUACCGCCCAACUGGCGCCCCAAGACAACAAUCUCCUUAGAAGAGGAAGCCGUACUAGAAGAAAUCGCCAAAGAUCGGGCCAAUAGUCGGACAGGCCAAAAAGAUAACACCGACAAUACCUCUACCCAAUCCCCUUCCAAAACCAGUACCAAUUCUUCGACAGAAAUAGCAUCCGGCAACAUGAGCGAAUACGACGGCGAUGCGAGCGGGGGUUUGGUCGACGAAGACGAAUUCCACGAUGGAUUGCCAACUGUCUUUGAUGAAGCCCUCUUCCCAGAAUCGUCCCAACAAAUCCUCGAGGCCAACAUCGAAGUCAAGGCGCUCGAGAGUUACAUGAAUGACGAUCCCAGGAGCAUUGAUGCCCGAGCAGAGUCUAUCGCCUAUAUCCUUCGACAAGCCAACAACGCCUAUCGCAACGACAGUGUUUAUUCGGUCGUGAUCAAGCCGAAGUCCAAGUUGCCCCCCUCAGGAAACAUUCACGACUAUACGUCCCUCGCGCGCUACUAUUGGAAGAACCCCGACACUGAGGACGGCCUGCCCUAUGUUCGACACGAUGGCAAACCCAACCCGGAUAUGGAUUCAGUCUGGGACUAUCGGUUAUUGAGAAAGGUUUUUCGUGAUUGCUAUUACAUGGCUCAUGGGUACUUCUGGACGGGUGAACCUCGGUAUGCGGAAAAGAUUGUCUACCGAGUCAAGGAGUGGUUCUUGGACGAGGCGACCCACAUGAACCCCAACCUCAAGUACGGAAGCUUGAUCUUUGGAACUGAGAUGGGCCGCUCCCAAGGUGUCCUGGAUAUGUUCAAGGUCUUUGCCAUGUUUGAUGCUCUCAAGAUGAUUGAAGGAUCGGCGGCGAUCCAGGCAGAGCCACAAUUGAUCCCCAAUCUCCAGCGCUGGUUCACCUCCUAUCUCGAAUGGAUCGACGCCUCUCCAGAAGCCACUCAAGAGCGCAAUGCUCGCAACAACCACGGCACCUACUUCACUGUCCAAUACAUCUCCAUCCUCGAGUUCUUGGGUCGCGAUGAAGAGGCUACCGCUAUGGCAGAGGACGCCAAAGAGAAGCGCGUAGGGUCACAGAUUCGUCGAGAUGGCGCCCAACCCCACGAGACCAUCCGCCCCGUCAGCUACUUUUACUCAACAUUCAACCUCCAGGGCCUAAUGAUGCUAUCGAUGCAGGCUGAGUCUCAUGGCGUCGAUCUGUGGAACCACAAGGGGCCCAUCGAGUCCAAGACGAUGCGGCUGAACGGAUUGCAGAAACCUGUGAAUGUGGAGGUCGGCGGAGGAACCAUCGAGGAUGCGGUCCGGUACCUUGCCGACUAUGGUUCAAGAGAUGCCUCCGAGUGGCCAUAUCCUGACGUGGGUAGACGGAGUCUGAGGGAUGUGCUGAAGAUGACGCGGGCAGCGAGUCUAAUUUACAACAACGACUUUUGGCCAGACUUGAUUGAGCGGUUGGAGACCAAGAUAGGCGAGACUAUUGCAGCUGAGGGAGAGGGUGAUGGUGAGACUGUUGUGGAGGACGGUGAGCCCAAUGGGUUCCUGUGUGAGCUUGGGUUCCUGAGCAAGGCCAGUCUGUGGCACUGCUACCGUUGA